CUUCACUUUUCAUGUUGUGCUAUGGAAACUGCAUGUGUUUCAGGGGAACACGUUGAUCAGCUAUAGGCUGAACCCAAGGAAUGCAGGCUAAUAAACCUACAGAUGUUGUGGAGGAAAAUCCUGACAGGGUGGAUCCCUUUUUCCAACAAGGCAAAGUGGCUUGUGUCAUGUUCAUGGUUCUCCUCCUCCUCUCGUUCUUAGUAAUAGGAAUUGUAACAGGUCUCAACUUCACCAAGAAUUCACACAGGGACCAGAGCAGAGGGCUUCUUAUUGAUGGAUUUACCCCUGUCUCAUUCCAAUUCAAAGGUGAGAGAGGGCCCUGUUUGGAUGGUUGGCUCCCCUAUAAUAACACCUGCUAUUUGUUAGUAAAUGAGUCUGGGACGUGGGAAUUAUCAAAGUCUUUAUGCCACAACCAUGGGGCACACCUGAUGGUUGUGAACAGCGAGGAGGAACUGGAUUUCAUUUCAAGUGUUGUUCAAAAGAGUACUGACUACUGGAUUGGUCUCAAGAGAGAUAAAAUGGGGAUGUGGAUCUGGGUGAAUGGAGACUAUUAUCAUUCAACUUCACAUUUCUGGGACAAAGAUCAACCAGUUCAUGGUGGUGUGGAGUCCUGCGUCCACCUAAGAGUAACUGAGACUGUGCGGCAAAAUCUCUGGCAUGAUGCUGACUGUUACAGUGAAAGGUAUCAUAUUUGUGAACGCAAACUAGAGAAAGGUGUAUGGUAGGAAACUUUGCCCUAUUGAUUGAAUUAGCAUGCCCUCUAAGAAUCCUGCUUUGUUCACAUACCUUGUCAUUCUUUAGAUGUUUGUGAAAGCAGAUGUUCACUUCCUCUUUUUGUUUGUACUGUACUUGCCUGCACAUGAGUCAUGCGACUAAAUCCAUAAUAGUGCCCAGCAUAAAAUCCAGUGAACUGGACACAUCCAAUUAUUCCAAAACUCUCACAACAAAAGAAAUGAUCAAAUUCAGUUUGUGCCUCAAUCUUUUAAUUAAAAUCAACAUGUUAAAAUUUAUAAUAAUAAACUUUUUUUAUAUUGCAUAUUUUAAAACAGAACAUAUUAAACAUAAGCAGGCCACUUAAGAAUUUUCUGUAAAUUGUAUUAGUACAAUGACAAAGUGUACUUCAAGUGACAAGAUCACAUUUUCACUGGGAAAUAUUAUUAUGAUUUGUUCCUUUUUUGAUUCUCUACUUUGGGAGCAACAUUUUCAGCUUACUUUGUGUUUGUCUUUACUAUGUUUGUAUUAUGUUUUUAUCUCAUUUUUAUUCCUUAAUAUUGUUUAUUUUUAUUGUUACACAGAAAAGCAUAUAUUAACAUAUCUAUGUAAAGUAUCUGACUAAGACAGAGGAUUAAGCUUAAUGUGUAGAGAUUUAAUAAGCAAUUCCAAAGUUAAAAAUGGUUAAUAAACCAGGCAAGAGUAGAAUGUAUUCAAGAUACAAUAUUACCAAAUGUGAAAAUAACAAGGGUGCAAAAUUGAGCUGAUGUUGACCUCUGGUGGUUAGCUGAAUGAACUGAAGAUGUGGAUAUAGUAGUGGAAAUUAGUGUUACCACACCCUUCAAAUUCAGUGAAUCAAUAAGCCUUUGUAUACUCAAAAAGAGUAAUUAAAUUAAAGCAAUGUUCUGGGUUACUUAUUGUAAAGCUAUAUCGGGAUAAUAUUGGGAUUAUCACAGGGUUUCGUAGUCAUGACAAUGAAGUUGUAAUUAUAGUUAUGACUUUACACAUAUAGGUUAAUGAGCGAUUUUAUUACACUAAAUUUAUGUUAACAAUGUUAACAUUCUGUGGCUAUUAUUUUGAAACAAUAUGUAUUUUAGCAUUUACAGAUUGGCCCUAUUCACUUCCACUGUAAGUACCUUACUGUAAUCAACAUUAUGCCACAAAUGCUGUUAAUUGAGCAUAACUUGAAUUGAACCCGGAUCAUUUCUUAAAAGAGACUGGAUUCACAAAAAUAUUUCACAGAGUUCUAAACUAUGGAUGGUUACACUUCUGAAAGAACGUAUGGAGAUGGAGGUUCUGUGCAUAUAGUGUUGUAUUAUAGACCUCUUUAUGCAUCUUAAAUAGGUGUACUGUGCAUACACAUAUGUGUGUUGCUUAUUUCAAAGUAUGCAUCCCAAAAAUGCUUAAUUUAAAUGGUAAUAAACAAAUAAAAUACAAAUGUACCUACUCAAAUAACUCCAACAUUAUUUGCACCUGUAUGUGAUUUUGCGACACCACUUAAGCAAUAACUAUCUAGACUCAUGCAUGCUACAUGAUACUUAUCAAGUGAAUGCUUUACAUGAAUGUCAUGGUUGAGCUGUUUGUCCCUCAAAUGUGAGAGCAGUUCUGACUGGAAUUACCACUGACAUUUUAUCUAUAGGUUAUGAUAUUCCAGACAAGUAUGAAUGGUCAAAGAAACCAAAUCUUUGCCAAUAAAAUGUACAAUUUAUUGAAAAUUGUAGUGAUAAAUUUGAGUAAUAAACUUUGAUUCAUUUGAUCGAAUGUAA